UAGUUGGCAGCCUUAGGCCUGACCCCCAAUUGUCGGUGUCCCACCGACAUAGCCGGUCCAUUUCUUCAUGAGGGAGGCUCCACCUAAUGCCCCGGCCAAUUUGGUAAGGUUCGAUGUUCCAUCACUCUUAAAAUAUUCCAAAUUUCGUAUCCGACUCUCUCUCUCCCCCAUGACUCAUACCAGAUAGACAUGAAUAAAUAUCCACCUUCUAGACUCUUCUGUUCAUGGCCCAGAACCUUCCUGUGGGCGUAUGCGGUGACGUUUUUGUGCCCCUACCCUUCACCUUCAACCACAUAAGAAAUCGCUCUCUUCCAAAUUCUCAGCGUCCCUUUCUUCUCCUUUCCUCUUAUUCAGAGAGCUCUAAAACCUCAUCCAUGGCAGACUCAGCCACUUCUGAGCAAAACCCAACUGUUAUUUCAGGCCCAAACAGAGCUUUUUCCUUUUGGAUCCCUGUUUUUUUCGAUAUCAUGGAUCCAAUUAGAGAAGCCCAAGAAGGCGUCAUUCUGAUAAACCCAUUUGAGCAAGCUGUGAUAAUUCAUGGGAGAAGCCUCGAAUCAUAUUUGCAGAGCUUGGCUGUGAAUGAAGCAGGUAAGUAUGGGAGCCCCCCUGCUUCAAAGGCCUCGGUCGAGGGCAUGACGACAAGGGGAAUUUCGGAAAGUGGGUUGGUUUGCUCCAUUUGUUUGGAGGAUUUUGAAGUUGGGGUUGAGGCUAAAGAGAUGCCAUGUCUGCAUAAGUACCACUCUGAGUGUAUUCUUCCAUGGUUGAAGCUCCACAGCACUUGCCCUGUUUGCAGGUUUCAGAUGCCUGCUGAGGAGAGAGACAAAGGCACUAGCGGUGUAGAAGGAGAGGGUGGCGGUGAAGGAGAUUCUGGAGAGAGAAGGGGUGCUUCUGGUGAGGCACAGAGAGAAGGUGAUGGUGAAAAUUCUAGAGAGAGGAGGAUGGUCUGGAUUAAUUUUCCAUGGUUGGUUUCUAUCUCUGAGAGCAGAGCAUCAGAAAUCAGGGAUUCCGGGGUGGGGGAAAAUUGAAAUGUUGAUUAUUUUAUUUUAUUUUAUUUUAUUUUGGAAGGGGUGGGGGGAGGGAUUUUUUUAAGAUAUGUUUUGUAAAUGCCUCAAUGGUAAAUUCAUGUUUUUUUAAAAAAAAUUGGCUUUCUAGAAUCAGAUUAAUCACAACUGAUUUUGCAUUGAAUUAACGACUCGGAUCGAAAACGUUUAAAAUACUAAAAUAGGUACUUGUGUACAAAGAUUAAAUCAUUUCGAGUAAUUUCUUGAAUAAAUAUGAUUUUAUUCGGAUUACCAUGAAGCAUCAAGGCACAACGGUCCCAAGCGCCAACGGAUAAGCGCGCUACGGCUUUCGCGCUAGAGCUUAGGCUCUGAACAAUCAAAUCAAAGUAGUGUUCAGAAAUGUGGUUUCAAUAUUGGAAA